CGUCUCUUGACUUCAGCUCACAGCAACAAUGGACCUUCUGGGAAACUGGAACAGCCUUUUUUCUCAAAUGACAUGGCGACAGGUUGAUCCAAGUGUGUCCACAGCAGAGAUUGGAGACAUGAUUGAGUUUGCACACCCGUGGUCAGGAUUGUCUCUUUGGGGUGUUUAUGUUGGAGACGGCCGUGUUAUCCAUUUUGGAGUGGGAGAUGAGAACAUGACACAGAGAGCCUGCCGCAGCUUCCUCCAGCAAAUAGUUCCAAAGUCGAAAGGUGAGCGUGUUCUGAGGAAGACCAGGAUCUGCACACAGCUCAUUACGGAAAUCAAAGUUCCUCCAGGAACUCGCAUCAGGGUCAACAACAACAAGCACAACCUGGUUCCGUCUCCGCAGGAAAUGAUGCAGAAUCGCUGCGAGACUUUUCUGCACCAGGAGUUCAACUACGACCUGCUGAACUUCAACAGCGAGCACUUCGCCACGUUUGUUCGAUAUGGCAACGCUGUCUGCAACCAGAUUCCUUUCCAGAAAAAGAAUGGGGAUACAACUCAAACUCUGCAAAUGAUAAUGACACAACGGAUGGAGACAGAAACUUAAGAUCUUCUACGGUGCCUCUUGCGUACAUGGGUCACACUGACUUUGUUAAUAAGCAAAAAUAAAACUUCUUUGCUGCUA